CUUACAAUGGAUUUUGUGACCAUAUUAACAAUAUUUGUCGGUAUUAUAUCGGCUAUUGCUUUUUACAUUAGACGUCGAUUCACGUACUGGAAGCGUAUGGGCCUCCCGGGGCCCGACUUUUUCCAAUAUAAAGGCUUUUUCAAAGUACACCACGAUUGGACCCUGGAGCAAGUAAAAAAAUACGGCAAACUAUACGGCAGUUAUGUGUUAACCAAAAAACUGGUCGUGAUCAAUGAACCCGAUCUACUGCGGGAUAUAAUGGUAAAGGAUUUUCAUAUAUUUCCCGAUCGCCGCGGGUUUCAUAUGGGGUCAUCAAAAAUAGCCAAAAGUCUGUUUUUCCUACCGGGGAAUGACGACUGGAAACGGGUCCGGUCUAUACUGUCGCCGGUGUUCACGUCGGGUAAACUGCGGGCAAUGAUGGCUCACAUAUCAGGCGUUUCCGACAGAUUUGUCAACAAUUUGGAUGAGUUUGAGAAAAAUGGUGAACCGGUAGAUAUGCGCAAAUACGUGGGUGCUUUUGCAAUGGAUGUGAUCAGCGCCUGUGCCUAUGGUAUAAACGUCGAGUCCAUCAAUAACCCCAACCAUCCCAUUGUGACAAAUGCUAUGAAAAUCCUGAAUACCGACGCCGGUGUGGGUAUUGUGCUGUCG